UCUCUCUCUAAACAAUCCUUCUUCUCUCUCUCUCUCUCUCUAGGAUCAUCUCUUUCGUCACCGAUCUCUCUCGAAGAAGCUUCUCGAGCUUCUCUCUCUCCUCCGAGAGUUCUUUCUCUGUGAGAUUUCAACGCCGAUUCUCUUUUUGAGCUCUGAUAGAUCAGAGUAUGGCGCCUAGUAGGACGUCCAAGAGUGUGUACAAACGUUCCACCAAAGAAGCUUCUCCUGAGAAAGAGUUAAGGAACUCUAGCAAAACCAAGCAAAGAAUGAAGAGAUUGAGUGAUAAGUUGGGACCUCAGUGGACGAAAGGAGAGCUUGAGCGUUUCUAUGACGCUUAUAGGAAGCAUGGGAGAGACUGGAAAAAGGUAGCUGCUGCAGUGAGGAAUAACCGGUCUGUAGACAUGGUGGAAGCCCUUUUUAAUAUGAAUCGGGCAUAUUUAUCCCUGCCUGAGGGAACUGCGUCUGUCAUUGGCCUCAUUGCAAUGAUGACUGAUCAUUACAGCGUUAUAGAUGAGAGCGAAAGUGAAGAAGAAGAAGAAGAAGAAGAAGAAGAAGAAGAAGAAGAAGGCCAUGGUGCUUCUGUAGUACCGAUUAAAUAUCAGAAGCGCAAACUUGCUAAACUUCCGUCUAGUGAUGUUCGAGAAAUGAUUCCACCGCAUUCACUUGCAUCAACGGAAGGCUGCCUCUCAUUUCUGAAGCUGACACAAACUUAUGGAUUAGAGCGACGUGCCACUGGUAAACGUACACCUCGGUUUCUUGUACCAAGUGAUGACGAGAGGGAUGAUAGAGAAAGUUCCAUGCCACCGAAUAAAAGAGCCAAGAAGCAACUUGAGGCCGAGGACGACGAUACAUUAGCGUUGGCAUUGGCAAAUGCAGCGAGAAGGGGAGGGGAGUCACCAUAUAGAAAACCAGAAGUCAAUGGCAACACUCCAAAUGGAAAAAUGUCACAAGAAAAGGAAGCUCAAUCCAAGCACCGUGCUAGUACCAUGGCUAGGAAUGUGGUGAGAAUUAGCCGAGAUAGAAGGCAUAUAAAGGGCACGCCUGAUAGAGAUGGUGCCUUGUUGAUGGAUAGGGAAGAGGUUGAUACCGUGGAGGUUCCCCAGGAGGAAAAUGUGAGAUUUGAAGAAGCAGUAGGAGAUGCUUCUGAUAACCGCGUAGAAGCAUCCAAUGCCAAUGAGGGAAGCAAAUCUGGAGGUGAAUUAGAAGCUCUGAAUGUAUUGGCUGAAUUAGCUUUACUAACUCCUGAUGAUUUGAAAGAAUCAGAGAAACCUCACAGAAGCUAUCACAGACGAAAACCAAAACAAGCAGGACCAGAAGAUAGUCUUCCACAUGCAAUUUCACCUGAAGAUGCUAGCAAACCUAAACCUGCCCAAGAAAUCAUUGAUGCUAAUGGUGUUUCCAUUGAAGAACUUAGCUCUUCAAGAAGAAAACGUAAAACUCUACAUAAUAAGGAAUCUGUUGAAGAUGAUAAUUUGAGGACUAUAAUCAAACCGAGACAUGCUGAUCAAAGUCCACCAAUUGCAAAGACCUCAGAAGAAUCUUCAUCAACUAGUGAAAAGAAAAUAACUGGACCAAAUGCAGUAAUGUCAGCUACACAAGUUUCAGGCUCGGGUCCAGCGAGUUUGCUGCAGAAACCACCAAACAGGCGUAAGAUGAGUUUGAAGAAAAGUUUACAAGAAAGAGUUAAAUAUUCUGAUGCCACUCAUGAUAAGCCACAUAGAUACGAAACUAAUUCAAAACAUGAGUUAUUAAAGGAGCAAGUUUCUAUUUCUCUGUCAUGUCCUUUGGUACGUCGAAGGUGCAUAUAUGAAUGGUUCUACAGUGCUAUUGACUACCCCUGGUUUGCAAAAAUGGAGUUCAUUGAUUUUCUAAAUCAUGUGGGUCUUGAUCACUCUCCAAGACUUACUCGUCUUGAAUGGAGCGUCAUUAAAAGUUCUCUUGGUAGAACUCGGAGAUUCUCUGAGAAGUUCAUACAGGAAGAGCGGGAAAAACUCAAACAGUAUCGUGAAUCUGCAAGACAGCAUUACACAGAGCUACGCACAGGUGCAAGGCAAGUGCUUCCCAGAGAUUUUGCUCAGCCUUUAUCAGUGGGGAACAGAGUCAUUGCCAUACAUCCUAAAACACGGGAAGUUCGUGAUGGCAAGAUUCUUACUGUUUAUCAUAACAAGUGCAACGUUAUGUUUGAUGACUUGGGCGUCGACUUAGUUAUGGACAGUGAUAUCAUGCCUUUAAAUCCGUUGGAAUACAUGCCAGACGGUCUGAGGAGGCAAAUCGAGAGCAAAGAAGUAGAGCUUAACAGACACCCAAGCUCUGAUGCAUCUGCUCUGUUCCCUCCUCUCGUGCUUGAAAAUAUCGACUUUUCUAUGACUCCUCCUAAAAAACAGGCUUCAUCUUUGGUAAAGGAUGGCAAAUACGCAAGUCAUGUGGUUCUGCAAGCUUUAGACUCAAUGGGAGAACAUGAGCCAUUAGAUAACUCCAUAGUGUGUGGUAUAAAGCAUCAAGACCAAACCAAUGGCAGCUUGGAUCAUCAUCAUCAAAGCUGGUCUCCCUCAAACACUGAAGGAUUGAUGUCUUCAGAGCUAAUCGCCUCUUGUCUUUCAACUUGGCUCAUGAUUCAGAGGUGCGCAGAGAAGCAGUACCCACCAGCUGACGUGGCUCAGGUGAUGGAGAUAGCAGUGAGAAGCUUGGAGCCACGGUGUCCUCAGAACAUGCCUAUCUACAGACAGAUUCAGACUUGCAUGGGUUGGAUCACGAAUCAAAUCAUGGCUCUUGUUAAAACAUGA